AUGGCAGACGCAGUCCGAGGAUUCUGGCAACAAAUUGUUGCUACGAAACGGUUAUAUCUCAACCCACAUGAACACUUCGGUCGUGCCAAUAUUUGUCGUGCUGCACUAGCCAGUUAUGUGGGAAUAUAUUUCCUCUUCAGAUGGAAUCAAAAAAGAAAGGCUGCAAAUCUCCGAGCUCUGCAGGCAGCAGAACGUAAAAAUGUGCUAAAUGAUGCAUUGGUCCGUUCAGCACAUUAG